AAAUUAUGCAUCAAAUUACCCACUGAUUUGGCAAAAUUUGGUAUUAACAAUUCACCACACAACCCGGUCGAAACAAAACAAGAGCAACCUCAAACCUUAUUUAUCACUCUCUCCGUCUCUCUCUCUCUUCUCCUCUCUCUCUUACAAAUCAAGAAGACAAGUAAAUCUUGGCCCCGACAUUAUAAAGAUCACAUUUUUAAGAAUAUGAAGGAGUUAACGGAAAGAGCAGUGUUGAGGAAUUUGCAAAAGGAGCAAGAAAGAGAAAGGCGGCGAUUACGAGACAGACAAAGAAGGCAAUCAAUGAGUGUUGAAGAGAGAGAGAAUCAUCUUGCAAGACGACGUAGAAACUAUCAGUUGAGGAGACAAAGAGCACAAAAUGUGAGAGAACCUCAGAUCAAUCAAUCCGAUCUUGUGGAUAGUGAUGAAUCGCCUAUGCUCCUGAGUGAUGAAAAUCAUCAAACAGCUAUCUCGGUUCCUGUCCAAUCUAAUGGUGUUUGUCAUGCUGAUUUGGAUCAAAGACAAGGAAGUUUUAAUGCAGGCAAUGCAAAUUCCGUGGGUUUAGAAGUUCCAGCGCAUAAAUUAGCUAAAUUACCUAUAAGGUCACGUCUAAACCAUAUAAAACACCUUGCUCGGUCACUGGUUGAUACCCUGGAUAUUGGUGAUAGUCACAAAAUUCCAGCAGAUUUGACGAUGAAGGGGGAGACAGCUUCCAAUUGCACACCUCCAAAAGCAUUACGAUUGAAUCGUGUUAAGCAUCUUGCACGUGUGUUAAGCUCUGAUAUAACAACGACAACAGCUCAAAAUCACAAUCGUGAAACAGAUGGAGAACAUAAUCUGCCAAGGGGAGAACAUCUGAUGAACAGCAAUCUGCCAAAAGUUGUUCAGACUAACAAUGUCAAUGGUGGAGAUGAAUGACUCUGCCCCAAUGUUUCGCCCCGGGGAAUUGAAGAAAUGAAGCUUUUUCUCAGCCACACACACAAGGGAUGGAAUUUUCCAAGCUCCACCUUAAAGUUUCUCAAAUCGAAUAUAAUAUCUGGAGAGUACCAAAUAAACAGGACGGUGAAGCCUUUGUAGUACUUCCCAUGCAGUGAACAAGAUCUUGAGUUUUGUCGCGUGUACAGACACUAGUCAAGUCGACUGCCCUUCAUUGAAAUGGUUCAUGUCUGUUGCAAGCACAAAAACCAUCAAAUGAAUGUGCCAACUCAAAGAAUAAGGGUUGAGCUUAUGUGAGGAUGAGAUGGAUUAGUUAGCCAGCUGAAACAUUAAAGGGUGAAGGGAUGGGUUGUGAUUUCUCCCUUUUCCAUUCUUUGCAUGUGAUUGAUCAUAUGACCUAAUGAUUAACCUUACCUUUCUACACACAUAUAUAGUUACAGAUACACGGCUCUUGCUGUGUUGA